AUGAGCCAUAAUCCUUCCACAGAUCAGCCACCUCCAACUCCAACCACCUCAUGUGCCCCUGACUCCCUCUUCCACCACCACCUACGCUGCCCCUCCUCUCCUUGCCCUAUUUUCCUCCCUCUCUACCUCUGUCAUUUUCUUCUUCCUUCGUCCUUUUUCCCUUCCAUUCUUCUUCCUCGGCCCCUGCUUCCAUCACCGCCGCACAGCCGCGCUUCCGUCAGCCACCAUCAACGCCGGCGACCUCCUCCUUCCUCUCGCACUAGCACCGCUUCCAGCAAUAACCCAUCCGGUGAGGCGGAUCCAAAUUCUUGCGGCGGAGACACUGUCACCGGCCAGAAUCGCAAGUUCUGUCCGCCGCCACUUACGCCGCGAUUGCAACAGAGUUCCAAGUCCCGGUCGAGCCUGCCGCCCCUCCAGCCGCUUUUGAUAGCCCGGCGGAGCCUCGAUGAGUGGCCGCAAGCGAGAUCAGAUGACAUUGGGGAGUGGUUGCCCCCACAGCCGCCGUUGACCCUCGGUGGCGGCAUGAGAGGUAAUCCUGGUGAAAGAUUGAAUCUUGAUCUCUCCUCAAUUCAGAUGAACAAUAAUAGGAAUUGCAAUAAUGGCAGUAAUAGUAGUGGUAAUAAUAAUAGUUGUAACAAUAAUGGUGUUAGUAGACUCUUGAAGAGGGAUAGAAUUGUAUUUUUUGAUAAGGAGUGUUCAAAGGUUGCUGAACAUGUUUACCUUGGUGGUGAUGCUGUUGCUAAGAAUAGGGAUAUAUUGAAACAGAAUGGGAUCACUCAUAUCUUGAACUGUGUUGGUUUUGUGUGCUCCGAAUAUUUUAAGGCUGAUUUUGUGUAUAGAACAUUGUGGCUUCAGGAUAGUCCUUCAGAGGAUAUUACUAGUAUCUUAUAUGAUGUGUUUGAUUACUUUGAGGAUGUUAGGAAACAAGGUGGUAGGGUGUUUGUGCACUGUUGUCAAGGUGUGUCUAGGUCUACUUCGUUGGUGAUUGCAUACCUCAUGUGGAGGGAAGAACAGAGCUUUGAUGAUGCUUUUCAGUUGGUGAAGGCUGUAAGGGGUAUUGUCGAUCUAAAUAUGGGGUUUGUUUGCCAGUUGUUGCAGUGCCAGAAGAGGGUGCAUGCAGUUCCUCUUAGUCCUACCUCUUUGCUUAGGAUGUAUAGGAUGACUCCACACUCGCCUUAUGAUCCUUUGCAUCUCAUCCCCAAAAUGUUAACGGAUCCUUCGUCUUCCGUAUUGGACUCCAGGGGAGCUUUUUUUGUACAUAUUCCCACUGCAAUAUUUGUUUGGUGA